CUGCCCGCAGUGUGUCUGUGGAAAUAGAAUGAGCUGGAUGUAAUGUGACACUGGAACACAGCGCUGCUGCUGCUCUCAGAUCAUGAGAGAACACAACACACUUCAACAGCACAGCGGAUAUUGUCACUCAUCCUCCGGUGGGAUUUAACCGGUCAGAUGAGAAACUGAUGGAUUCGUAGCAUAUUCCUGUUCAGUCCUGUGGACGCAGAACAUACGCAGGGACUGAGUGUUGAUGGCCGUGCGGUAGGGAUAGAGAGGGUCCUGCAGGAUGAAUUCUUUCCCGUCCAUGGACAGACACAUCCAGCAAACCAACGACCGGCUCCACUGCAUCAAACAGCACCUGCAAAAUCCAGCAAACUUCCAAACGGCAGCAACGGAGCUGUUGGACUGGUGCGGAGAUCCACGAGCGUUUCAGCGGCCCUUUGAGCAAAGCCUGAUGGGAUGCCUAACGGUGGUGAGUCGUGUAGCAGGUCAGCAGGGCUUCGACAUGGAUCUGGGGUAUCGGCUGCUAGCCGUUUGUGCAGCAAACAGGGACAAAUUCACCCCAAAAUCAGCAGCAUUGCUGUCCUCGUGGUGUGAGGAUCUGGGUCGACUGCUGCUGCUGCGUCAUCAGAAAAGCAGACAACCCGAUCCAUCUGUGGGCAAGAACCCGAUGCAAGCCAACAUCAACAACAUGAAGCCAGCGCUCUCACACGGUGAUGCAUCAUUUCAAUAUGACUCCGUCUCCUGGCAACAAAACACCAAUCAACCGCCGGGUUCUGUGUCCGUGGUGACCACCGUAUGGGGUGUGACCAAUACGUCACAGAGUCAAGUGUUGGGGAACCCCAUGGUAAACCCAAACAGCCAUAUGAACCCCAUGACCGGAGGUAACGGGGCUAUGAACCCGGGACAGUUUACUGCACCGCAGCAGUUUUCAUCCAAGGUUAAUGCAAACCAGGCCUACAUGCAGCAGGGGAUGUACGGGAGAUCCAGCUAUCCUGGAGGAGGAGGAGGAGGAGGAGGGUUCGGGGGAAGUUAUGGGGGAGGUCCUAACCAUGCAGGUGGGAUGGGCCUGCCUUCACAGACACGCCCCCCUUCAGACUUCAGCCAACCAGCUGCUGCCGCCGCCGCUGCUGCUGUAGCUGCUGCUGCUGCUACAGCGACCGCCACAGCCACGGCGACGGUUGCCGCCCUACAGGAGACGCAACACAAGGACAUGAAUCAAUACGGCCCGAUGUGUUCCUCCUUUCAAAUGGGACCAAACCAGGCUUACAGCACUCAGUUUGUGAAUCAGCCCGGCCCCCGGGGGCCCCCUGCCCACCCUGGCACCAUGAACAUGGGCCAGCCUCGGGGGCAGAUGGCACAGAUGGGGCCGUAUGGGGGUCACCCACAGAGGAUGCCCCAGCAGGGCUACGGGCCACGACCCAUGCAGGGGGUGAAGAGACCGUAUCCUGGAGAGGGGAGCUACGGGCAGCAGUACGGACCAAAUGGGCAGUUUUCCUCUCAACAAGGGCAGUUCCCGAACCCCGCCGCCACCAGAGGCCUCUCCUCGCCCCAUUACCCCACGCAGAGGACGCCGGCACAGCCCGGGACCGCAGCACAGUACCAGACCGGCAGCAUGGGACACUUCUACAAGGAACCCAGUAAUAACUUCAACACGGGGAACUUUCAUUACAGCCAGUCCAGCGUGAACGGGCCUCCGCGGUCGAUGGGCAGUUACCCCCACUCUCCGUUACCGGGAAACCCCACGCCCCCCGUGACGCCAGGAAGUAACAUGCCACAGUUUCCGUCACCAAACCAGGACAUAAAGCCCCAGUUUCCUCCCGAUAUCAAACCCAACAUAAAUGCACUGCCGCCCCCUUCAGGUAACCUUAACGAGGAGCUCCGACUGACAUUCCCGGUUCGGGAUGGUGUGGUUCUAGACCCGUUUAGACUCGAACACAACCUGGCCGUCAGUAAUCACAUCUUCCACCUGCGGCCCACCGUCCACCAGACGCUCAUGUGGAGGUCUGAUCUGGAGCUUCAGUUCAAGUGUUAUCAUCAUGAAGACAGACAGAUGCACACUAACUGGCCGGCGUCGGUGCAGGUCAGCGUCAACGCCACACCUCUCACCAUCGAACGGGGCGACAACAAGACUUCCCACAAAGCCCUGCACCUGAAACACGUGUGUCAGCCGGGCCGGAACACCAUCCAGAUCACAGUGACGGCCUGCUGCUGUUCGCACCUGUUUGUCCUUCAGCUGGUUCACCGGCCGUCGGUUCGAUCGGUUCUGCAGGGGUUACUGAGGAAGAGACUCCUCACCGCUGAACACUGCAUCACUAAGGUGAAGAGGAACUUCAGCAGCGUAGCCGUGUCUGUGGCCGGUGCCGGACUGAACGCUGACGAUGGGGUGGAACAAACGGCCAUCAAAGUGUCUUUAAAAUGUCCAAUCACGUUCCGGCGUAUUCAGCUGCCGGCGAGAGGCCAUGACUGCAAACAUGUGCAGUGCUUUGACCUGGAAUCGUAUUUAGAGCUGAACUGUGAGCGGGGCACAUGGAGAUGUCCGGUCUGCAAUAAAUCAGCUCUGUUAGAAGGUCUGGAGGUGGAUCAAUACAUGUGGGGGAUCUUAAACGCUCUCCAAAACUCAGAGUUCGAGGAGGUCACGAUAGACCCAUCGUGCAGCUGGAGGCCGGUUCAGAUCAAAUCUGAGCUGCACAUAAAAGAAGAUCCAGACGGGCUGAUGUCCAAGCGCUUCAAAACCACGAGCCCCAGUCAGAUGGUGCUGCCCAACGUGACGGACAUGAUCGCUCAGCUCGGCCCGGGAGCGUCUCCGUAUCCUAACCAGAACCAGCAGAACAACAGCACUAACCAGUUCAACAGCCCAGGAAACAGUUACCAGGGCCACAGUAAGUUUGGUGACUAUCCCCAUGGCAACCCUGCAGCAUCAUCAGUUAGUGAGUUCGUUCAGGGGCCGCACCUGUCGCACCCCCCCGCUGACCUGCUGACCUCUGAGAGCGGCCUGACACACGCGCUACACGACACGAUGCCUCGCCCACUCAACACAGAUCAAUCCCACAAUCCCCUGCAGCACAGUAUGCAUGGUCCGCCCAACAGUCAGCCGUUACGUCACAACGCCCCGCCCCACCCCUGCAGGCCGCCGCCCACCCAGCAGAGCUCCACCCCCGGCAGCCACAUGCACCCAGAGAUGACCUUUAACCCCUCGCCGGCCAACCUGGAGGGUCAGAGCAGCGCGGACGCACGCGAGGCCUCUUUAGAUCUGCUGCCAGACCUGAUGAAUCCAGAUGAUCUUCUGUCCUACCUGGAUCCUCCGGACCUUCCCAGCAGCAGCAACGAUGAUCUGCUCUCUCUCUUUGAGAAUAACUGAGACUGUCAAACCCUCGACUAGCAGCUCCUCCAUACUUGACAAACACAAAUGCACUUACCGUCGUUUCCUCUUCCUGUACAGAUUUCAAAACCAGCGUGAACAGACGCGUCCGCAGAGGUUGUGCUACAAAUAAUUAUUCAUCACUAAUGCUUCACUGUAAGGUUUCAGUUCUUAACAUUAGUUAACUACAGUCUAAAGCAUUUAAUAAUCUUAGUAAAGUUUAAGUUCAACAUUCACUAAUACAUUAUUAACCCUCUGGUGCUUUUCUAUCAUUUUUGACGGAAAAAAAAAAAUUUACAUUUUUUUUUUUUUCUUCAGAAUUUUUUACUUCAUCGGAAUGAUACAAAACUUGGUAAAGGUUUUUAAGGAAGCUUGUUUCCGCCAUGAAAUAAAAAAAGAAAAGGUAAUUGCGAGUUUAUAUCUCACAAUUCUGCCUUUUUUUUUCUCUGAAUUGUGAGAUAUAAACUCACAAUUGCAAGUUAUAAAGUCAGAAUUGCGAGUUAUAAAGUCUGAAUUAUGAGUUAUAAAGUCAGAAUUGCGAGUUAAAGUCUGAAUUAAGAGUUAUAAAGUCAGAAUUGCGUGAAAAACUCAGAAUUGCGAGAUAUAAACUCGCAAUUGCGUGUUAAUGUCCAAUUUUCAGGGAAAAAAGACAGAUUUUUUCUUGCGAUUGCAAGUUUAAAUCUCGCAAUUCUGAGGAAAAAAAGUCCAAAUUGUGAGAUACAAACUCAUAAUCACGAGAAAAAAAGUCAGAAUUGUGAGAUUAAAAGUCGCAAUUAUCUUUUUUAUUUUUUUAUUUAGUGGUGGAAACAAGCUUCCGUAGGUUUUGGCACUUGCUAUGUGAAAACACACACACAAAAAAUAAAAAAAUAAAUAAAAAAAUAAUAAUGGACAUGAUUUGAAAAGGUUAAAUUGUCCUGAAAAAAAAAUAGUCACACUUGUACUUCUCGCGGUCAAAAAUGAGCGUAUUGGAUACGAAUGGGAAGCGAAUCUAGUGGAGACUUUUCUUACUGAAACAAAUCUUACUGAAAGCUCAUUUUUUGAGAUAUCAACAUUCAAUUUAGAACACAACUUGUUUAGAUGUACGGCUUUGAUUUUCUCACAGUUUUAGAGUAAAACAUAUUUUGGAAAAUAUGUACUUCAUGUAAAAAUUGAAAAUAGUAUUUUUGUGCAUUUUUCAUAACAAUAAACGUAAAAAGUUCACUUUUUAAAACAUUUGUCACAUCAGCAAUAAUCUUUCAAGUGUCUUCUUUAAAAAGAGACCAAACUUCAGUCUGUGCUCCAUAUAAUUCAAGAUUUACGACAGUUUAAUUUUCAGGUCUACGAAUAAAUAGAUAACUACUGCAUAAAUAUAAUUUAAUUAAUAUAAUUAUAAUAAAUAUAAUGUACCAUAAAAUUCCCUAAAAAUUAAAUAAAAAACAUUAUUGAACUAAAAUAUAGUACAUUUAUUUUAUUGAAAUAAAACCGCAACGUGAGCAGCACCAGAGGGUUAAAAUCAAAAGUUGUUAAUUAGCAUUUAAUAGACCUGAGCUAACAUGAACAAAGAACAGUUUAAUUUUUAUUAACUAACGUUAACAAAGAUUAAUAAAUACUGUAACAAAUGCAUUGCUCAUUAACUAAUGUUAACUAACAGGACUUUAUUGUAAAGUGUUUUACCUUAUACCUUAUUUUUAUCUGUCAAAAUUACAAAGCAUUUCCAUUAUCAGUCAGCGUUUUUAUCAUUAAAUGAUGGAAAGUUAGCGCAACCUCUGAGCGUUUAAGCUGAAAUUAACUUUGCAGCUAAAUUCAGUCUUUUUUACCACAUGAGAGCGAAACUCGUGAAUAUAUGUGCAAGCGUUUUUCUACUCACUUUGACUUUGAUAUGAAGAACCAGACAAACAUCCGUCCGCUGUCGUACUGUAUCCUCUGUUUCUGCCACAGUCAGCUGUUUUUGUUUUUCAUUUCAGCACUGAUUCUCAAAUGUCCACGCAAACAUCUCAAAGCACAGCUCUUAUUUGAAACGAUUCACUGUUUGGAAAUGUAAAGGGAAAAAAAGGAGUUUCAAAUUACAUGAGAACAGAAAACAUACACAUGCAAUUAUCCGUCUAGUUCACUACUGUUCAUAAUGCAGUUGUAUUAUUUUUGAGAAGCUCAUGUAAAUAUUUGUGAAUACAUUUGUAAGGUCUUUUGUAUUGGUUGGUCAUCCAUGUUUCUUCUGCCACUGUAUGUUUAUGAAUAUUCAUUGCAAGAGCGAGAGAAAGACACGGGCUGCGUUCAGAAUGCAAUACUGUACUAUAAUGCAUACUAAUUUAUAGAUCGGCUUUAAAAUAUACUGUAAAAUUCAAAAGUUUGGGGUCGGUGAGACUUUUUUUUAUGUUUAAGAAGUCUCUUCUGCUCAGCAAGGCUGCAUUUACUUAGUGUAUAUAUAUAUAUAAAAAAUGUACCUAGUAUAUAUAUUUUAUACUGCAAAAAGUUGUAUGUUAUUCUGAAGGCAGCCUGUGUCACGUCCACACGCAGCAACAAAUACACUUUCAUUUAAGAAAACCAGUUGUGUGUAAAGCUGUCAGAGGCUCAGUUAAGAAUAUUUUAUUGUAAUACAGAGUUUCAUGUUAAUAUGAGAAAUAUUGUUAAUAUGUACAAGCAAAUAUAACAGCCUUAUGUGAAAUAAAUCUAUACAUGUUUGUUUAUUUGUAGAAAGGGCAGCUUUAUGUAAAAGCUAACAGCCAUUUGAAAUUGGUUUAAAAUGUUGAGUAUUUUAUUAUUUUUUGUUUUGGUAAAUUAUUUUUUAUUGUUUGUCUUAUACUUUAAUGCUUGUUCUGAUCACAUAGCAAAAAAUUAUACACAUGCAAUGAAUUUUUUUAAUGAAUUUGAAUAUGCGACACGAGUCUUCCCUUUUUUAUGAAAGAGACGGAUGAUUUUAAUAUCUGAUUCUAAAUCGUUUUUAUCUGUGAAAUCAUUACAUUUAAACACUGAGCAUCAGGAUUUUCUUUCUUCAGAAAUAAAGCGUUUCAUUGUGAUUUCUUUGGUCUGAUUGUAGUGAGCAGCAGACGAGUCUCUAAAAAGAUGCUUUACUCUGUAAAGUCUUCAACAUCACAGUCUGUCCUCUUCAAACAUUUCCAAACUCAAUAAACUCAUCUGAAAUCUCCA